AUGACGAUUUUAUGCAGCUGGGUACAGCCAGCAUUACACGAAUCAGCGUUCUACAUCGGCCCCAGCAGAGAAGGGGGUUGGCAGGAUAAGAAUCUCCAAUCCACUAGCCGAUCGCUGCAGGUUUGUGAAAAUAAUACGGAGUACGGAGCACAUAGUACGUCAAACCGAAGCGGGCUGACGGGCGGGCCCCCCAGACUUGGCACAUUCCUAUCACAACAUAGGCCUUUUGUUUUGACUUUUGGGGUCCGUUUCUGUUUCUGUAAAUGA